UGGACUUUCGUGUCUCACACAAACCACAAGCUGGAACACUUCUGGAACAGGACGGACACUCACUCUGGGCACAUCGGACUAAGAUAUGAGACUCUGUGCCCGGCCUGGAGAGCUGAGUCUCCACGCUGCUACCCUGCUUCUUCUCUUUCUGCUUCUGGCCUCCGUCCACGUGGGAGCCAACAACCAAACGCACCAAGGCAGAAAGAGACACUACUACAUAGCUGCUGUGGAGAUAGACUGGAACUACCAGGGCAAUGACAUGCAUGGAUUUUUGCCCCCGUACAAGAAAGUGGUUUUCCGGGAGUACGAGAAAGACUUCACACGGGCAAAGAUUCAUCCACCCUGGUUAGGUCUACUUGGACCGACUUUGAGAGGCGAGGAGGGCGACACCAUUGUCGUCACUUUUAGAAACAUGGCUACACAACCGUGCAGCCUCCACCCACACGGCAUCGCAUACGGGAAGCAGUCUGAGGGAGCACACUACUUCGACAACACGUCUCAAAAAGAAAAGGAGGACGACGUGGUGAGGCCCAACAGAGAGCACGUGUACAACUGGGAGGUGACGCCGGAGGUCUCGCCCAAACCGGACGACCCCGCCUGCCUCACCUACUCGUACGUCUCUCACAAAAACGUGGUGGAGGACUUCAACGCGGGCCUCGUCGGCACUUUGUUGGUCUGCAAGCACGGCAGCUUGGACGAGACUGGAAAGCAGUCUGGCGUAAACCAGGAGCUGGUCUUCCUCUUUGGAGUCUUUGACGAAAGAAAGAGCAUCCACAAGCCCUCGUCUUUCUACGACGACUCAGAACACCACCUCCACUACACCAUAAAUGGAUACACCAAGGGAGCGCUGCCUGGUUUGAGCGUGUGUGCGUAUUCCUCCAUCAGCCUUCACCUGCUGGGCAUGAGCUCCGAGCCCGAGCUGUUCUCGGUGCACAUGAACGGGCAAGUGCUGCAGCAUAUGGGCCACAAGGUGUCAGCGUUGGGCCUCAUCAGCGGCUCCUCCGCCACCGCCAGCAUGGUACCGGUGCACACCGGGCGCUGGAUGUUGUCGUCGCACGUGGUCAAGCACAUAGAAGUGGGCAUGCACGCCUUUGUGGACGUGAAGGAAUGUGAAGCUUUCAAAGCACCCCGGCGGAAGAUGACCCUGCAGCAAAAACGUGACAGCAAGGAGUGGAAAUACUAUAUCGCAGCGGAGGAGGUUUUCUGGGACUAUGCACCUAAAAUGCCGAAGCACAUUGAUGAGAGCUACAAGUCCCAGUACCUGAGACAGUCGUCUACACGCAUCGGUAGAAAGUACAAGAAGGUGGUGUACACGCUGUACAAUGACGAGUCCUUCACGGAGCGCAAAGAGAACAAACAGCAGAAAAGUGAGCUUGGGAUAUUGGGCCCGGUGAUCAGAGCGCAAAUCCGAGACGUUAUCAAGAUUGUGUUUAAGAACAUGGCCUCCAGGCCAUACAGCAUCUAUCCACACGGACUGACAAUCAAAAAGUCACAGGAGGGGGUGAACUACCCCGAAGGAGGUACAGUGUGCCUCUUGUCUCCAUUCACAACAGGAAACUCUGGAAACUAUAAGAACAUUUCUGCAUGGUUUCCAGGCAACCACUCACACGCUGUCCAACCGGGCAACACACACACAUACGAGUGGAAGGUGGUGGAGGAGGAUGAGCCUCUGAAGGGAGAUCCCAGGUGUCUGACGCGGAUAUACCACAGUGCUGUGGACACGCCGCGAGACAUCGCCUCAGGUCUGAUUGGACCCCUCCUCAUCUGCAAGAGUCAGUCGCUGAAUGUCAGGAACGUGCAGGUAAAAGCAGACAAGGAGCAGCAAGCCAUGUUUGCUGUGUUUGACGAAAACAAGAGCUGGUACCUGGAUGACAACAUUCGUGCAUUUUGCGAUCCUUCCCGAGUCAACAAGGCAGACCCUGGCUUUUACAAGUCCAAUGUCAUGCAUACAAUAAAUGGCUACGUGUACGAGAGUGGGCCACUCUUGGGCUUCUGCAAUGGUGAUGUUGCAAAGUGGCAUGUGACCAGUGUCGGGGCGCAGGACUACAUUCAGACAGCGACAGCCUACGGGCACACAUUUGAACUGAACAAGCGCAAGGAGGACAUCCUCAGCCUCUAUCCCAUGACAGGAGAAACCAUUACGAUGAACAUGGAAAACAUUGGUGUUUGGCUUAUGGUGUCGCUAAAUUCCCACGGGACAACUAAAGGAAUGCGCUUAAGAUUUCAGGAUGUCGAGUGCUUCCGUGACCACCACUACGAGUACAACUACGAUGAGCCGGAAAAAAAGUAUGAUUUGUUGAAGCCUCUAAGCUUAGACGAAAUCAAGAAAAAGGAGGCGGAAAAGGAAAAGCAGAGGCUUCAAUCGUCAACGCAUGCUGCAGGGGAAACCGAUCACUACACUGAGUUGUUUGCAAAGGAAUUAGGGCUCAGAACGCUGACGAAUAAACUCAAAGAGUUCGAGGGGAGUGUGGAGAAGCUGGACUUGUCUUUCCUGGACUAUGAUGCCAUUGAUGUGUUAGAGGGAAAAGUCAGGAAUGCAACAUUGAUGACUAAUAGCACGAAAAGCACAAUAGAUGAUAGUCCCAGUUUUGAUAAUGAAACUGCCUCUAAGAGUGACGAGACAACACUUAACAACGCUAUAGCAUCGUUAAAUUACGCAAACGGAUCCACGGGGUCGUAUAAUCUGACAGAUACACAGUCGAACCAUUCAUCGUCUAAUACAACUGUUAAUCAUAUUAGGAGACUGGACCUUAAAAACAGAACCUUGUCUGAUGUUGUCCUAAGAGACAACGCAGCUACUGUUGAUGAGGAUGGACCUCAGAUGUACUUAUCUAAAGUUCUGAACCCACCAGACGAUUUAAUCUCGAAAAAUAUCAAGGUGAAUUCAACCCAAUCCCAUUCAUCAAAGAAUGUAACCCAGGAGACCUUUCUAGAUCAGUCAAAUGGUACGUCUUUAUUUUUCAACGGGACUCAGAUCUCAGGUAAUCCAGCACUCUCCGGUGGCCUUCAGAACAGCUUCGAGAAAUUAGGUGAUUCGGAAAGCAGCGAGGAAGUGUUUAUAUACCUCGAACAAAACCACACAGAGGUGAUUAAAACCACAACUGUAAAGACAAAGAGUCAUAACUGGACCUACGACGGAACUCACCAAAAGGUACAAAUUCCGCUUCCAGACCACAUGGUGAAGUAUGUGCAGGAACAAACAACCCCAGCACCCAAAAAGAUCCGGAGGGUCGUAUUCCGACAGAAGCCUCUUAAGGGCCUGGGCAUAAAAGCAAGAAGGAAGAAAAAAUAUAACCCUCUAGUGACAAAUGGUUUACCAUUCUCUCCUCGCGGAUUAAACCCUCUCAUGAGCCCACGAGGGUCACGGCCGGUUUCAAUGGAGGCAGUUUCGGAAGAGGAGGAGCUGUUGAACAAGCCUAUCGUCAUCGGUGUGCCGCGUCCUGAUUUCAGCGACUAUGAGCUUUACGUUCUGAGAGACGAGUCUCAUCAUUCAGAUAUAGAUGAAAUUAAAGCAAAUGAAUAUGAGUAUGUGAGCUACAAAGACCCUUAUAUAGACAUCCAGCAGAAUGACGACUUCACGCAAUCAGGCCCAAAUGUCAAGAUGUACUUCAUCGCUGCAGAGGAGGUUGAGUGGGACUAUGGUGGUUCUGGACAGAAGAGGCAAGAAAGAUCUCAGCUAAGCAGCCGGCACACAAAGUUCAAGAAGGUGGUAUUCCGAGGUUACCUGGAUGGGCUCUUCAGAAUACCUGAAAUCCGAGGCGAGAAGGAAGAACAUCUUGGUAUCCUGGGGCCUCUCAUCAAAGCGGAGUAUGGACAAAGCAUCAUGGUGGUGUUCAGAAACAAAGCCAAUCGACCGUUCUCUUUACACCCCAAUGGGGUUUCCUAUACCAAGCAUACAGAAGGUCUGUCCUAUGAGGAUAACUCCACGGCAUCAUAUAAAGGUGACAAUGAGGUUCAACCGAAUAGCACCUAUACGUAUAUCUGGAAAGUCCCUCGAAAAGCUGACCAUACACCAGAUGAGCCUCACUGUCGGACAUGGACGUACUAUUCCGGUGUUAAUCCUGAGAAGGAUAUCCACUCUGGCUUGAUUGGGCCUUUACUAGUAUGUCCAAAGGGAACUUUAAACAACAUGAAGGACACGAGUGAGUUCACACUGCUCUUCAUGACUUUUGACGAGUCGCAGAGUUGGUACUACGAGACCAAUAGCGAGAUCGUGCAGCGGGUAAACCGGAGGAGAUAUCAGGACCCUAAUGUCAAAGAGGACCUAAAGUUUCAUUCCAUCAACGGCAUCACACAUAAUCUCAAGGGUCUGAGGAUGUACACCAAACAGCUCGUCCGCUGGCACCUCAUCAACAUGGGAUCUCCCAAAGACUUCCAAAGCAUCCACUUCCACGGACAGACGUUCCUCCACCAGCAGGCUACAAGCAACAGACAUGGCGUCUUUCCACUCCUUCCUGGAAGCUUUGCUACCCUAGAGAUGUACCCGUCUAAGCCUGGCCUAUGGCAGCUGGAGACGGAAAUUGGCAUCAACCAGCAAAGGGGGAUGCAGACGCUCUUCUUAGUUCUCGAUAAUGACUGCUACCGCCCUCUGGGCCUGGAAUCAGGCAGUGUGAAAGACGUACAGAUCACCGCCAACAUCACUCGAGGCUACUGGGAGCCACACCUUGCCCGACUGAACAAUAAAGGCAAAUACAAUGCAUGGAGCACAGACCAGUACAAUAGCUUUAUUCAGGUGGACUUUCAGCGGCCGGUUGUGAUCAGCCAGGUGGCCACACAGGGAGCCAAGCAGCUCUUCCACUCGCAGUUUGUGACCAAUUACAGUAUCUCCUACAGCAACGACCGCAGGAGGUGGAGCGUCUAUAAGGGCGAGAGCAGAUACCCGGUGAAGGUGUUUGCUGGGAACCAGGAGGCCUACCAGACGACAACAAACACCCUUUUCCCACCUGUGAUCGCACGGUUCAUUAGGCUCCACCCCCUCCAGUGGUACAGCGCGGCCACCGUCCGCAUGGAGUAUUACGGCUGCGAGCUGGACGGCUGCUCUGUGCCUCUGGGGAUGGAGAAUGGACUUAUCGAGGACCAAAGUAUCACGGCCAGCUCCACGUCCUCCAACUGGUACCUGGGACUGUGGUUGCCCUCGUAUGCGCGCCUCAACAAACAGGGCACCGUCAACGCGUGGCAAGCUAAGUACAAAGACAUGAAGCAGUGGCUUCAGGUGGAGCUGCCAGAAGUCAAGAAGAUCACAGGCAUCAUCACGCAAGGAGCCAAGUCUCUGGGGAAGGAGAUGUAUGUCACCUUCUACGUGCUCCAGUACAGCGAUGACGGAAUCCGAUGGAAUGACUAUUCCGAAGACGAGGAGCAACUGCCGAGGAUCUUCCGCGGGAACGACGACAACAAUGAGCACGUGAAGAAUUUCAUCUACCCGCCCAUUUUUUCCCGUUUUAUCCGAAUUGUUCCCAGAAACUGGAAGGGCUCCAUCACAAUGCGGGUGGAGCUGUUGGGAUGCGACUUUGAGUGACGACUCCACCCACAGGUCACUUCAUUAGGUACACCUCCGCGAUCAAAUGCAGAUGCAGUGACAACAAUAACUGACACUGGCAGAACAACGGAGUCCGAGCUGGGAACCAAAACGGUAAACACAUGGACGGUGUCAAAUUCACACCUGCUUGUAACUUCAGAUUGGACAAAAAUUAUUUUUAAUUUUAACUUAACCCCCCUACCCCCGUGUUGAAGGCAAUGAUCGUUAUAUACGUCCCACCAGACGCAAGACCAACAUAAUUGUUUUUAUCGCACAUUUACGAUAAUGUCCCAAAUUGUUACAGUUCCGUAGCACAAGUUACUGCGGGAUAUCUGUAAAACUGAAAAGUCUGUUAUUUCAUUUUAGUGUUGAUUGACUUUCAUGGUACAUGCUGUAUUCAUAUUAAAAAAAACGUUUGCAUAUGCUU